AUGGGAGAUUCAGCUAAAGACAAACAGAAAUGUACAGAAUCCCUGACAGGUGUUGCAACGUGUCUGCCAUAUUUGGGUGCUGACGCGAAAGCACCCACAGCAGAUUGUUGCAGUGGUCUCACACAAGCCAUGAAGACCAACAAGAAAUGUGCCUGCCUUAUUCUCAAAGACAGGGAUGAUCCUGACCUUGGCUUAAAGAUUAACAUGACAAUUGCUGUUGGUCUCCCUUCUCUUUGCAAAACACCUGAUAAUCUCUCAGUGUUCUGGCACAUAUAUUGUGCUGUCAUCCCAAGAGAAGGAUCAAACAUUGAUGAUGCAGAGGUGCUAAGAUAUUGCAAGAAGAAUCUUGCAUCUUUCAAAGUCCCUGAAAAGGUCUUCAUUACUGAUUCUUUGCCCAAGACUGCCACCGGAAAGAUUUUGCGUCGUCUUGUGGCAGAACACAUUGUCUCUCAAAUUUGA